AAAUGUGCAGAUAAAAAAUGUUGAUAGACAGUGUUAGAAAUACUAAAUAAAAAGGAAUAAUCAAAUUUUUGCUGAAUCAAAUAAAUCAGACCAAUAUGUCCUUUCUACGAGGAUCUGCAAAUUAUGUUUGGUGUACGACCAGUGUAUUGGGAAAAGGAGCAACCGGUGCAGUGUUUCAAGGAGUAAAUAAAAACAAUGGGGAGCCUGUAGCAGUCAAAACUUUCAAUCAGCUUAGUCAUAUGCGUCCACAUGACGUACAGAUGAGAGAAUUCGAAGUAUUAAAGAAAGUUAAACAUGAAAAUAUUGUUAAACUAUUAGCAAUAGAAGAAGAACAAGAUGGACGUGGUAAAGUAAUUGUUAUGGAACUUUGUACAGGAGGCAGUCUUUUCAAUAUAUUAGACGAUCCAGAAAAUACUUAUGGUCUAGCAGAAAACGAAUUUUUAUUAGUCUUAGAACAUCUAUCUGCAGGAAUGAAACAUUUACGUGACAAUAAUUUAGUACAUCGUGAUUUAAAACCAGGUAAUAUUAUGAAAUUUAUUGCUGAUGAUGGUAGUACGAUUUAUAAACUCACUGAUUUUGGUGCUGCGCGAGAAUUGCAAGAGGAUCAACAAUUUGUUUCUCUUUAUGGUACCGAAGAAUAUUUACAUCCAGAUAUGUAUGAAAGAGCAGUCUUGCGAAAACCUUUUGGCAAAACUUUCGGAGCGACUGUUGAUCUAUGGUCCAUAGGUGUAACCCUAUAUCAUGUUGCAACAGGAAAUCUACCUUUCAGACCAUUUGGUGGACGUAGAAACAAAGAGACAAUGUUUUAUAUAACAACCAAAAAAGCUUCCGGAGUUAUAUCUGGUAUGCAAACUUCAGAAAAUGGUCCCAUAGAAUGGAGUAAAGAAUUACCUCUAAACUGUCAAUUAAGCGAUGGAUUAAAGAAAAUAGUAACUCCUCUAUUAGCUGGCUUAUUGGAAGUUGAUCCACAAAGAAUAUGGAAUUUUGAAAGAUUUUUUACCGAAGUUACAGAUACUCUAUGUAGAAAACCGAUUUAUAUAUUUAAUGUACAUAAAGCCAGCUUAAUUAAAGUAUUUUUACACCCUGAAGAAAAAUUUGUAGCACUUCAGGCUCACAUCCAAGAUCAAACAGAAAUCCCGCCUCAUGUUCAAAUACUUUUAUUCGGUGAAAUGCCCCUUACUAAUUUUGUUGAAGAAUCUACUCCUGGAAAAGGGUAUCCAAAUAUAGGUGCUGAUAAACCUCUUAUGUUAUUCUCGAAGGAAAACAACAAUGUCAUUUUACCGAUGGAAAGUGAAUUACCAAAAUUUCCAGUUUUUGCAAACCUGGUUUCUGUGGAAAAUGAUGCUAGUCAAGCAAAAGUGGCAUGUUCGGUUGGACACGUUUGUAAGCGCAGAAUUGAUAAAUUAUCAUUAUGCAGUAAAUUAAUGCAAAAUGCAAUAGAAGCUUUUAGCGGACUUUUAGCUACAAAACUUAAUAAGGUAUUAGGAAAGUGUCAACAUUUGAAAGAAUUUACUAAAGCAAUAGAAGUAACUGCAAUAGCUAUAGAAAGAAGUGAAAAUUUCACAAGACAAGUACUCAAAAAAUACGCCAAUCAAGUAAGCUUUGAGCCUAAAAAUUGGAAAAAGGAAUUAGAUUUAAAGAGUAAAGAAUUAUUCACCGAACUAGCACCUGCAGUUGAACAACUUUAUCAGAGAUAUAUACAAGGAGGUAGUUUACAUGGAGAAUGGGAAAUUAGUACUCGCGGACUUUGGUGCCCAUGGAGCGCAAAAGCAAGUCAACGUGCUGCUACUUUAGUCGAUCGUUUAAGGGAUGGCUGGCAACAUUUAUUAAGAGAUAGGGCUACACGUAGUCUUACUUAUAAUGAUGAGCAAUUUCAUGUUUUAGAACGUAUAAAGGUAAUGGAGACAGGUCGUCGAAUAAAAUUACUUCUCGAAACAGAAUGUAUACCAGCAAUGACUCAACGAUCUGAAUGUGUAGCUGAUUGGUAUAAAAUGGCACAAACUGUAUUUCUACAAGCUCAAAUUUUAGACAAAGAUGUAGCUAAUUAUGAACUUACCCUGGAAUCUUAUUCUUAUAGACUUUCUCAAGAAAGCAAAGAACGACAUGAUAGUCUACUUAAUUUGUUCGAUGAGCUUCAGGGUAUAUUUAAAACGAAUGAAAAAGCAAAUACACCUGCUGAAGAAAGUACAAAAAAAUGGAAAAAGAUUUGUGAUAUGCAAGAACAAAUAACUGUAAUUCUUUAUGAUAAUGGACGUUUAAUAGAUCAACUUGAUCAUUUAUCGACGAUGGAUAAUAUUUUAGAAAAUGCAGAAGACCCUGAAUAUGAGAUAUUUAAAUGAAUAUUUAAAAUUUAAUAACUAUUUUAGGAACUAUCUAUAAUAAGUUAGUUUUAAAAUAAAACUUUUUUUAAUUGAAUUACAAAAAUGAGAUCCUAA